UCAUAACUGUUCACUUUAUAGUAUCUAUAGUCGUGCGCGUUCUGUGUGCUAGCGAGAACGCACGACUCUCGAGUAGCCAUCUAGCGGUCGUAACGGCGAACUUACGGUCCCUGUGAUACUGGCUUGAGGCGUUACUAUUGGAACCAUCGCUAACUAAACCUCCUGACGGUGCAAUUGCGUUGGGUACUUGUUGGGAUGAUCGGUGCGAUGCCAGCAGUGGCAGUUCGCCACGAACGCAAACGGCAAGAGAAAAGGUUGAAACGCCCUAGUCAGCUCUACCUGGGGGGCACAUGGAUGCCACCACCUCAAAGUUCACCACCUACCCCUAGCCCUCAUGGUCACAACAGCCAUCUGGAACCUUUACCCGAGCUAUAUCUCUGUGGCAAGAUAUCAGGGCUACACGCGGUGGUGGUCUGCCUAUUGUUGGGUGCAGUGGUACUGGUUGUUGGUUUAGUCCAACUUGCCCCGGGUGCAACGACCACCGACCAUAGACUCGCUCUCCUUGUAGCGGGCACUAUUUUGCUUCUCUUAGGUAUCAUUCUGGCAGCCGUAAGAUGUUACGUGCUGCACUGUGUACCAUUACCAACCGAGUCGCCGGUGGCAACUCCGCUUCCGCCGCCGGCCAACGAACAAGCAGGACUUCCGAGAGGCCCGUUGGACCUGCUGAUAGGCCACCAAAAUCAACCAGAGAACGACGCCUUGAUGCAGACCGACCACCGCCAUCAACACCACCAUCACCACCAUCACCACCACCACGGCAACCACAAGAAGAAGCGCAGCUCCCAAGGCUCCCAUUCCGACGAAGCCUAAUGAUCGACAUCAGAUAACCGGCCAAUUAAUCGGAUCGUAAUUAGUCGACGAUGAAAGUACCUACAUCCGCUGGGAGGGAGAAACUUCCGAGGCGUCUCAGACCAAAGUAGCUAAACGAGAAAAAUCACUAAAGUAGAUGAAGCUUUUGGAAAGUAAACCGAAGUAAAUCCGUUGAGAGGAGACAUUCGUCUCUCAGAACAGUCUGUACAUGUAUAUUAUACUCGAUUCUUUUAUCUUUUGUAACUUUCUAUAUAUAUAUAUAUAUAUACAUACAUAUACAAUACAUACUAUAUAUAUAUAUAUUACGUGUAACGCGUAACGUGUACUCAGCUUGAAAUGUCGCUGAGGAAAGUGCACUUUUCUAUCUUGUAUGCUGGCUGAGCUUUAUCUAACCUGGAUAUCACAUUAUCGGCCAUUGGUACGUUUGCUUAUAGAUGAAAUGGCUACCCCAAAUACUACGCGGUGGUUAUCUUAAUUUUGAAUGUAAAUUAAUUGGGAGAGAAAGAAAGGCGAUUGUAUCUAUUGUGCAGACGACAUUUUUCUGUUGGAUAAUUCUUGGUAAAAGGAAUAUCUGAUUAAACGAUUGACGUGGAUUCCUGAAAUAGAUUGUUCUAGACUCUAGAAUCUAGAGGUAUAAGAGAUACAAUUCGUUUUUCUCGGUGACUUUUGUUGGCUCAUUAGAAGAAAAGAUGAUAAUUUUUCCUUCUGUGGCAUCUCGGCAAAUCCAAUCGCAUACAAAAUUCAGAAGACUCUAGGAGGCCUCUUUAUUACGCUUUCUGUUGGUUCAUUAGCAGGAGAAAUGAAAAAUUAACCACCCGACGUUGAAUCUUUGGGUUGGCUUAUUAACCGAAUGCUUUCAUUGGCCCACACACGUUCAGAACCUCAGAUAUUUGACUUGAAUUUUAUCCAGAUAUUCGUUUUAAUAUCUUAUUGGUAACAAAGUAGACGUAAAUUGAAGUGAUUUGUAGACGACAAUUGGGUGUUACUGUUUUUUCAGGACGAUCGAGCGUGAAACAAAAGAGACACUCCUUGUUAAGCACUCUACACGCGAUCGCAGACAAUUCCUUCUCUUCAAAAACAAAAGCUUUGUACAAAAAACAUGUUACAUACAUAGAACAAAUGCAUUGUACGCGAGAAACGUUCUACAAAUUGAAAAGAAAGAUAACAAAAUACGUGGGAAUGUUUAGAAAUUUAUAGAAGAAAAAAGGGUAGUUGUGUCGAAGAAAGAUGAGAAUAAUUGGAUAAAAAGAAGAAUUAAUGUAUUAAAUAAUACUGUCAAAAUUAGAAGAAAAUUACCGAGUACGAUUUCACGUGCCAAUUUGUAACAAGUUCUGAAUGGUUCUGUUGUUCACUCGCGAUCAAAUCAGGCUUCCCUAAGGAAAAUGAAGAUGUAGGAGAAGCUGGAAGUCUCAAAAUAUUAAUUCUGACGAUAUUAAUAUUAAACGUAAUUUAGGAAAGAAAAUAAUACAAUCUUU